AGAAAAGGGUAAUGACGGAGUACAAGCUUGUGGUAGUUGGAGAUGGAGGAGUUGGUAAAUCAGCACUCACCAUUCAACUCAUCCAGAAUCACUUUGUCGAAGAAUACGACCCGACCAUAGAGGACAGCUACAGAAAGCAGGUUGUGAUAGACGGUGAGACAUGCCUCCUCGACAUAUUGGAUACCGCCGGACAAGAAGAAUAUUCGGCGAUGCGUGAUCAGUACAUGAGGACAGGCGAAGGAUUUCUGUUGGUUUUCGCCGUCAACGAGGCUAAAUCUUUCGAGAAUGUCGCUAACUACCGCGAGCAGAUUCGGAGGGUAAAGGAUUCAGAUGAUGUUCCUAUGGUCUUGGUAGGGAAUAAAUGUGAUUUGUCAUCUCGAUCAGUCGACUUCCGAACAGUCAGUGAGACAGCAAAGGGUUACGGUAUUCCGAAUGUCGACACAUCUGCCAAAACGCGUAUGGGAGUUGAUGAAGCAUUUUACACACUUGUUAGAGAAAUUCGCAAGCAUCGUGAGCGUCACGACAAUAAUAAGCCACAAAAGAAGAAGAAGUGUCAAAUAAUGUGAUUCAGCGUCGGGAAUUGCCCAAUUUCGCCAACUCAUUUUCAGUCGUGUCAACUCCCACCCAAUUAUCCUUUCUCGUACUUUUUUGGUACAUUUUCAUUAUUCAUUUAUCUGUUUUAUCUGAAACUUGUGAUCGAUCCUCUUCCGCCUCUACAUACUCUUCGAAUUUCCACCUUUUUUUCUCUAUGCAUCGAUUGAACUUGUUCUCUCGUCUGCUCGUCAUUAUUUUUUCUCCUUUUUUUUCUUCAUCCUUCAUUCUAAUUCCUCAUCUUUCGCUUAGCCCAAAUCUCCAUUCAUUCAUAGGUGUCAAAACUAGCUGUAGUGUGUGAUCCAUAUCUAAAACAUGCAUCCGAACCCCCUCCUCGUUCCAAAAUUGGCCAACUCUACCAAAAAAAACAUCGCACCAUUUUUUUUUCACUUUCUCUGCAUAUUUUCAGAAUGUUUGUAUUGCUUUUUUGAUGCUUUAUUCCCCUUCCUCGUUUUCAUACAAAUUAUUGGCCUCAUCUAUUUUCAGAAGUUCUCUGAAAAUUAAAUUCUUUUGCAUCUGCCGGUCGUUCCGUUUAUUUUUUCUCUGUUUCCUCUCAUUUUUGUCAAGUAAUUAUUUCUCUUUCAUUAACUAUAAUAUAGAUACAAUUAGACCCCAUUUCUCAUACAUUUUCUGAACAUCUGAAAGUUUUUGCUCCCUCGUAUUGCAUUCAUUUUUCUCUAUUCCUCUACAUUUUAUAGUCCUAUCUGAAUAUAAUAUUCCUAUUCUUUUGAUCAAGUUUUUAUUAUUAUUUUAUUUUCAAGGAAGUAUUGCAAUGAUAUAAAUUUUAAAAAGCU